UGUCUAUGACAGGUCUAACUGGAGGUCUUUAGGCCAGAAGUUUGACUGUCUGGAUCCUCAGGAGACUGAAUGAUUGCCGAGGAGUUUGCCGCGGUUUAUUUAUAGGCUGCGCAUCAGCAGCGGCCACAAUGCUGCAAACGAAGCCCUUCAGAGAGAGAGAUGCAUGUGACAAGUGAGGACGGACUCCAGCGAUCCAGUGAGGUCUAUAUUCAAUCAGACGUGAAUUUCACCCUCAACUGCGCACGGAUGCGCGGAGCUCUCGCCGCGAGAGGAGACUGAACACCGUCGAGGGGAGGCUGGGAGAAGGGAGAAGCGGCAGCGAGGAAUAAGGAUGCUUCUCGUACAGAUGUAGUGUGUGGGUGUGAGGCUGUCUGUCGCACAUCAGCUGGUUUCUGUCACUGGUUUUCAACUAUUGAGCGAAAAGCGCGGCGCUCGGUUGCGAUGUCAGUGCGGGAGUUUGCGUUCUGCCGGAUGACUCUCACGCAUUAAGAAGAGAUCCGGAUGGUGGGAAUGUGUGUACUGCGCUGAUAAAUACACAUCGACUCCAAGGCUUUAUCUCAAAUACCGACUGAACUCUUAAGCCAUGGCUCUAAGGCCCACCCUCGUUGUCAUUCUCUUCCUGAUUGGCUGCCGCGCUCUUGAGGACCCGCCCAAGGUUACGGCCCCGCCCCCUCCGCAUGGGUGUGGCGCUACAGUAGACCCGCCCUACAGAGUCCUGUGCGACCUGGAGUCCGUGUGGGGCGUGGUGCUGGAGGCCAUAGCGUGCGGCGGCACCGUCUCCGCCCUGAUCCUGGCCGUGGUUCUCCUGGCCAAGCUGAAAACGGUAACGGAACCGGAGAAGCGCUGCGGAGUCGGUCCCCUCCUCCUCCUAUUGGCCGGAACCAUGGGCCUCUUCAGCCUAUCGCUGGUGUUCUUGGUGGGGCGUGGCGAGGCGCUCUGCAUGGUGCGGCGCGGCCUGUGGGGGGCGCUGUUCGCCAUGUGCUUCUCCUGUUUGCUGGCGCAGGGAGUGCGGCUGAAGAAGCUCGCCGGAGGGAGGCGGAGCCCGGCAGGCAGCUCUCUCGCCGGAUUGGCUGUCGCGCUCACUGUGGUUCAAGGCGUCAUCGCCGGGGAAUGGCUGCUGCUUACGGUGGUCCGCGAGGGACACGCAGCCUGCGAUUACCUGCCUUUAGACUUCGUGCUGGUGUGCAGCUACGCUCUGGCGCUGUUGCUAGCCGCCAGCAUGCUGUCGUUGGCUGUGGUGUUGUGCGGAGGAAGCAACAGAGAGGAGUCGAGCCGGAAGAGGAUGAAGUGGAGGUGCAACGCUGUCUGGCUUUUCCUCUCGUGUCUGUCCUCGCUGCUGCUCUGGGUGGCCUGGCUCGGUCUCUAUCUGUACGGCGACGCCGCCAUCACGACCGUGGCGAAGGACUGGGACGAGCCUGCUUUAGCGGUGGCGCUGGUGACCGAGGGCUGGGUGCUGCUGUUAUUUCACGCCAUCCCGGAAACGCACCUGUGCCUGCGCCCGUCCAGUCAGAGGAACACAGACGCCGGCCAGAACUAUUACGACACCCCUCAGCCGCCGACGCCGCAGAGUUACCAUGACGACGAGCGGCCGACCAAUCCCAGAGCUCCGUUCGCAGAGAGCCAGGCGUACACCGUAGAAGAGCACAGUGCAGUUCUGCAGACGGGAGGUUAUCACAACGGUCUGAUACGCCCCGCCGUGCCGUUCCGCAGUCACGUCUACCAGCCCACCGAGAUGGCCCUGCUCAUGAACGCCGGGCCGAUCCCCACCGCUCCUCCCAACUUCACGGGGAGGCAUCUGUGGUGAGAGCGGUUACCAUGGCAAUAACGUCCUCUCGGGGCCCCCCCUGAAAGGACCGGGUUCGGGCGACUUCACGGGCUCAAAAGGCACUUUAUCAAAGUCCCAUGUUUAAUCAUUCGGAAACGCUCCUCUAAUAAAAGAGCCGAUUGACUUUUUUCGACAUGGGAGCAGGCUAAUUUUGCACAUGUUCUCUAUUAAGUGCUUAAUACAAAAUAAAGGAGGCGCUACGUAUUUGAUGUCACUCCGAUGAUGUCUGUUUAGAUUGCAUGAAUCAUACCGAUAAGGAUUUACAUAAACAGAGAGGAGAGGGAGCGCUAAAAUCAACAUGAAACGCUGGCAGCGGACCCGUUUACUUACAUAACGUCACACGUUUCUGAGUGUGAGAGAAUGUCAUUCAUUCAUUUAUUCAAUGUGAACCCAUUGACUGGAAGGGGGAUAAGAGGCGUUUAUGAUGUCUGCCAAAAAUAAAGCAUAUUAUUUCAGUGGCCAAUUUACAAAAAUACAAAUAAAAAGCCAUGCACAUUUUUCGAAACGUAAUCAGAAACGUGUGAUAAGGAAGUAAAAGGGGUCACUUAUUUCCAUGCUGAGAGUGUGAGAGAUUAUUUCGUUAAUUUCUUAGCCUUAGAAAGUCUCCUGCCUGCGUUCCACUUUAGAUAUAUAAUCAAAUCCUAUCACUUUGAAACGUAUUAAACUGUACUUCAGUUAUUUGAAUCAUUUUGUAUUCAACUGUUCGGUUGGUAUCUUCUUUUUAAGCUUUUUUAAACGCGACCUGUUGGUUUUGAUAUCAAGUUUGAUGUGUUGUUGUUUUUUUUUCCAAACUUUGCACGCUUUGGUUGUCGGUCUCUAUGAUGCAGUUGAUGGUAUUCAUCUCUAAAUGUAAUGCCGUGUUUGAUCUUGUAAGGCAAUACCCGUGUGAUCAUAACCGUGUCUGGAAGCUGCUGUGAAGGUGCUGCAGUCUCGCAGAAUGAGACAGAAUCAACAGGGUCAAUGGAAACGAGUUCGUUCUUUAUUCCGCUCGUGAUGAUAUAUUGCACAGAAUAUCGUUGUAUUUUUCCCUAUACUUGAUGUCUAUAUUUGAAACGGAUUCUAAUAAACAUUCCUACAGUGUU